GCAAUACUCUCUGUUAUGAAACCGCGAAAUCGGCUGUAGUGUCAAGAAGUGUUUAUUACAUCCUCGUGCAUUUUCUAAUCAGUUGUCCUUAAAGCUGUUUAAAAUUAUACAAGUAUGCAAGACAAGGAGAAAAGAAACACAAUGAAAAGGAAAAGUGCGGAUUCGACAGCGCCUACCAGAAAGCGAAAGAAAACAGAAGAAAAACACGACAAUAACAAGAGAGUUCAUGGUGGUAAAGUUGACACUACUAAAGCUAAAGAGAAGCACUCUGGCAAAGGCAAACAUAAAUCUGCCCACUCAACAGACCGGUCUGAGGAUAAGAAGACAAAACUCUCCGAUGGAGGCAUUAACACAUCUGAAGUUGAGAGAAAUGAGAAAGGACAACUUGUGUUUGAAGACCAACCUGCGUUCACACCUAACAUGACUCCCAAAGAGGUUUUGCAGGCAGGCAGUUUUGGGGGCACCUAUUUCAGGCCAAUCUACUCCAGUGUCACAAAGCAACACUAUAAAGAUGUUUGGCAAGAGCUUCCAAAAGACUGGCUGGAAGGACUUAACAUCUCUACACAGGUGGCGUCAUCAACGUACAGGGAAAAUGUAAACACCUAUAAGGUUAAUUGUGGAGGCAGUCUAGAGAUGUGGGAAAGCAGUGGGUGGAUUGUGCCCCAGGACCCAUACGGAUGGUUUCAGUGGUACUGCAGAUUUUACCAAGGCCGGCGAACAGAGGAUGAUCAACGUCAGAUCGGUCGGUGGGCCAAAUGUACAGGAGUCAAAGGUCGUUGGCGAAAUAACCUCAUCACAAAAGUGGUUCGUUCUGGUUGUGCAUACGAUAACUUUGGCGUUUCCCCAGUUGUCAGACAGACUUUGCAACAUUGGGGCUACAGACUCACCCUGGAGGACUACAAAGAAGGAGCAAAGAGAGUGAAACCCAAAUAGCAUCAGCACUCUACAAACCAGAAAGGGUUAAUUGAAUGCAGUAACCUAUAUGGAAAUGAACUGACGAAUCUGUUUUUGAAGAAUUUGAGAAUUAGGGACUUCUUAUAUUCCAUAGCUGGGAGAAUAUGACUGUUGUGUUUUUUAUAAGCUCUUGAAGUAAGUGGAAAAACGAUAAAAAUGUGGAUCCAAAGCAGAAACAGAUCUGGAAACACUUUGUUGUUGCAACGGUGUGCAUGCUUUUGAAAAAAUGUGACGUGUGUGGAUUACUUGGGUGCAUUUUUGUGACAAUGUUACUGUGUAAAUGAAAUAAACAUUUGGCUUAAUG